AUGUUGGAUAUUGGUUGGAACUGGAACAUCCUGUCCUACAAGCCUAUCCCGAACAUCCCAAACAUGCUCAAUGGGUAUGUCACCCUGUUCUAUAGGGGUCCACCUAGUGGUAUCCCCACAGAGUUCUAUAGGGGUCCACCUAGUGGUAUCCCCACAGAGUUCUACAGGGGUCCACCUAGUGGUAUCCCCACAGAGUUCUAUAGGGGUCCACCUAGUGGUAUCCCCACAAAGUUCUACAGGGGUCCACCUAGUGGUAUCCCCACAGAGUUCUAUAGGGGUCCACCUAGUGGUAUCCCCACAGAGUUCUAUAGGGGUCCACCUAGUGGUAUCCCCUGUCCAGAGUUCUACAGGGGUCCACCUAGUGGUAUCCACACAGAGUUCUACAGGGGUCCACUUAGUGGUAUCCCCACAGAGUUCUAUAGGGGUCCACCUAGUGGUAUCCCCUGUCCAGAGUUCUACAGGGGUCCACCUAGUGGUAUCCACACAGAGUUCUACAGGGGUCCACCUAGUGGUAUCCACACAGAGUUCUAUAGGGGUCCACCUAGUGGUAUCCACACAGAGUUCUACAGGGGUCCACCUAGUGGUAUCCACACAGAGUUCUAUAGGGGUCCACCUAGUGGUAUCCCCACAGAGUUCUAUAGGGGUCCACCUAGUGGUAUCCCCACAGAGUUCUACAGGGGUCCACCUAGUGGUAUCCACACAGAGUUCUACAGGGGUCCACCUAGUGGUAUCCACACAGAGUUCUACAGGGGUCUACCUAGUGAGUUCUAUAGGGGUCCACCUAGUGGUAUCCACACAGAGUUCUACAGGGGUCCACCUAGUGGUAUCCACACAGAGUUCUACAGGGGUCCACCUAGUGGUAUCCACACAGAGUUCUAUAGGGGUCCACCUAGUGGUAUCCACACAGAGUUGCCCUGUCCAGAGUUCUAUAGGGGUCCACCUAGUGGUAUCCACACAGAGUUCCCCUGUCCAGAGUUCUAUAGGGGUCCACCUAGUGGUAUCCACACAGAGUUCUAUAGGGGUCCACCUAGUGGUAUCCACACAGAGUUCUAUAGGGGUCCACCUAGUGGUAUCCACACAGAGUUCCCCUGUCCAGAGUUCUAUAGGGGUCCACCUAGUGGUAUCCACACAGAGUUCCCCUGUCCAGAGUUCUAUAGGGGUCCACCUAGUGGUAUCCACACAGAGUUCUACAGGGGUCCACCUAGUGGUAUCCACACAGAGUUCUAUAGGGGUCCACCUAGUGGUAUCCACACAGAGUUCUACAGGGGUCCACCUAGUGAGUUCUACAGGGGUCCACCUAGUGGUAUCCCCACAGAGUUCUAUAGGGGUCCACCUAGUGGUAUCCCCACAGAGUUCUACAGGGGUCCACCUAGUGGUAUCCCCACAGAGUUCUAUAGGGGUCCACCUAGUGGUAUCCCCACAGAGUUCUAUAGGGGUCCACCUAGUGGUAUCCACACAGAGUUCUACAGGGGUCCACUUAGUGGUAUCCCCACAGAGUUCUAUAGGGGUCCACCUAGUGGUAUCCCCUGUCCAGAGUUCUACAGGGGUCCACCUAGUGGUAUCCACACAGAGUUCUACAGGGGUCCACCUAGUGGUAUUCACACAGAGUUCUACAGGGGUCCACCUAGUGGUAUCCCCUGUCCAGAGUUCUACAGGGGUCCACCUAGUGGUAUCCACACAGAGUUCUACAGGGGUCCACUUAGUGGUAUCCCCACAGAGUUCUAUAGGGGUCCACCUAGUGGUAUCCCCUGUCCAGAGUUCUACAGGGGUCCACCUAGUGGUAUCCACACAGAGUUCUACAGGGAUCCACCUAGUGGUAUCCACACAGAGUUCUAUAGGGGUCCACCUAGUGGUAUCCACACAGAGUUCUACAGGGGUCCACCUAUUGGUAUCCCCACAGAGUUCUAUAGGGGUCCACCUAGUGGUAUCUACACAGAGUUCUAUAGGGGUCCACCUAGUGGUAUCCCCACAGAGUUCUAUAGGGGUCCACCUAGUGGUAUCCCCACAGAGUUCUACAGGGGUCCACCUAGUGAGUUCUAUAGGGGUCCACCUAGUGGUAUCCACACAGAGUUCUACAGGGGUCCACCUAGUGGUAUCCACACAGAGUUCUACAGGGGUCCACCUAGUGGUAUCCACACAGAGUUCUACAGGGGUCCACCUAGUGGUAUCCACACAGAGUUCUAUAGGGGUCCACCUAGUGGUAUCCACACAGAGUUCCCCUGUCCAGAGUUCUAUAGGGGUCCACCUAGUGGUAUCCACACAGAGUUCCCCUGUCCAGAGUUCUAUAGGGGUCCACCUAGUGGUAUCCACACAGAGUUCCCCUGUCCAGAGUUCUAUAGGGGUCCACCUAGUGGUAUCCACACAGAGUUCCCCUGUCCAGAGUUCUAUAGGGGUCCACCUAGUGGUAUCCACACAGAGUUCCCCUGUCUUGAGUUCUAUAGGGGUCCACCUAGUGGUAUCCACACAGAGUUGCCCUGUCCAGAGUUCUAUAGGGGUCCACCUAGUGGUAUCCACACAGAGUUCCCCUGUCCAGAGUUCUAUAGGGGUCCACCUAGUGGUAUCCACACAGAGUUCUAUAGGGGUCCACCUAGUGGUAUCCACACAGAGUUCUAUAGGGGUCCACCUAGUGGUAUCCACACAGAGUUCCCCUGUCCAGAGUUCUAUAGGGGUCCACCUAGUGGUAUCCACACAGAGUUCCCCUGUCCAGAGUUCUAUAGGGGUCCACCUAGUGGUAUCCACACAGAGUUCUAUAGGGGUCCACCUAGUGGUAUCCACACAGAGUUCUAUAGGGGUCCACCUAGUGGUAUCCACACAGAGUUCUACAGGGGUCCACCUAGUGGUAUCCACACAGAGUUCUAUAGGGGUCCACCUAGUGGUAUCCACACAGAGUUCUACAGGGGUCCACCUAGUGGUAUCCACACAUAG